AUGGCAGGUGGUGAAGGUGAUCCACCACUACCCGGAGUAGACACUCAUUUCAGGCCGACGAUCUUUAGAAACCCAUCUCCAAUUGUUACACCGGUUUUAAAUGGGAGAGUAUUUGAAAUCCGGCCUCAGUACUUGGCCAUUUUACCAACCUUUAGGGGAGUUGCAUCAGACGAGCCUUACACACAUUUGAUUGACUAUGCAGCAAUAUGUAGCACCAUUGGGAAACAAGGCUUUACACUUGAAGAGGUAAAAUUACGUGUUUUUCAAUUUUCACUCAAAGAUAGAGCUAAACAAUGGUUUUCAAUUUUACCAUCCGAUAGUAUUCGAACAUGGGAUGAAAUGCAAAGAACUUUUCUUGAGGAAUACUAUCCGAUGAGUAAAACUAGUGAAGAUCGAAAUGCUAUCAAAUCUUUUAGUCAACAUGUUGGGGAAACAUUUCAUGAAGCCUUCAAAUGUUUUAAUGAAAUGCUUAGAAUGUGUCCUCAUCAUGACAUCCCUAAAUGGGAUUUGGUCAAAAUUUUUUAUGAUGGUUUAGUCACUGAGGAUCAAAAAGUUGUUUUUGCAUGUAGCGGUCGAACCUUUUUAACUCAUGAUGAGAAUUAUGAAUGGAACUUUUUAGAAACUUUAAGUAAAGGUUUAAAAAUUCAAGCUUCCGCUGAUCGAAGUGUUAAACCACACCAAAUUAAAGUUGUAAAUGACCAACCUAGUAAUGAAAGGUUUGAUGCAUUAGAAAAGAAAAUUGAUAUGAUUUGCCAAAAGUUGGGAAAUGAUGUUUCUCUUGUUUCGCAGGUACAAGAGUUAUGUGAAAUAUGUGGAGAUAUGGGGCAUGUUGCUUUUGACUGCCCAAUGAAUUUUGGAAGUAACGAAGAAGUUAAUCAAAUACACGGGGAAAGGAAUAUGAAUUCUAACACGUAUCAUCCCGGAUUGCGGAAUCAUCCAAAUUUCCGAUACGGCAAUCCCGCGAAUCAAAUGAAUCCUAACUUUCAAGGAUCAAGCCAACAAGGUGGACAACAACAAUUCCAGCCUCGUCAACAAAACUUUCAAGGAAUCCUAAAAGGGGUGGUGCAAGAACAAGAAGUUCAAGGUAAGACCGUAGGAUCUCUAACCCAACAAGUUGGUCAACUAGCGGAAGAAGUAGCUAUAAGACGACCGGGAAAGCUUCCAAGUGACACAGCAAUCAAUCCACAACAUCAAGGAUCAUCAUCAAAGAACAACAAAAAUGCACACGUCAAUGAGGUAUGUGUUCUUAGAAAUGGUAAGUCUUAUGAGAACAAUGUUGAAACUCCAUCACAAUUUGUUGAAGGUGUGGUGGAGGAUGUUAGUGACGAAUCCGAUAAUGACCAAGAAAUAGAAACUCAUGUUACUAAAACUCAACCUCAUCAAACUUUUAAAAAUUCAACAAAUCAAGAGGGUGUGGGUAACGAGUCUACUAAAGUGACGGAUAAGGGUGUGGAUACUAAUACCGCCCCAUAUCCUUCCGCUUUAGUAAAUCCAGUGAAAGCAUCGAUUUAUGGGAAAAGGGGACCCCAAUCUGAGGAAAUGUGGGAUGUAUUUAAGCAAGUCAAAAUUAACUUACCGUUGAUUGAUGCGAUUCGUCAAAUCCCUUCUUAUGCAAAAUUUUUGAAAGAUUUAUGUACUCAAAAACGACAACAUAAGUUACCUAAGAAACUCGAUUUGACAGCUAGUGUAAGUGCAAUUUUGUCAAGUUCUCUCCCACAAAAACUUAAAGAUCCCGGGGCACCCCUCAUUUCCAUCCAAGUGGGUGAUGUUAGCAUUAAACGAGCACUAUUAGAUUUGGGAGCAAGUGUUAGUAUCCUCCCGGGGAGUUUAUAUGACCAACAUGACUUCGGUCCACUUAAGAAAACUGACAUUACUGUUGUAAUGGCGGAUAUGUCACCUAAACUCCCUAGGGGAAUGCUACAUGAUUUUGGUGACCGUGAGUUGCGGUUAAACAUGUUUGCAAAUGUUACUGACCCUUUUGUUAGUGAUGAUUGUCUUACAGGAGACAUUACUAAUAGGUGUGUAUCUCCUUUAAAGGAGAACCACACCAAAGAGGAAUGUUUAAUGAUUGACAAGUCAAUGCAGCAGGAGGUAAAUAUGAAAAAAAAGGAUGACAUGGUGAAGGAGGUGGCAACGCAAAAAGGAAAUUCACCACAGAAGAAAAAGGUAGGCGAUCCACAUAAUCAUAUUAAUUCGAGGGUUAAAACGACGAUGUUUGGUCCAUGGUGGAAUGAGAUGAAGGAUCUACCGAAUCAUUGGAGGCACAUAUUUGAGGAACAAGUGGUAAGCAAAAAUCCCACUCGACCACCAUGA